UCCCUUGUCUGCUUCCUUUCAAGUUUCCUGUUUUUUCCUCUUUCCCAAAAUAAAUUUGUUUUGAUUGCGAAUUUUUCUUAAUUUCGACGUGCUUUAUUUCUCGUUUCAGAUCAGAUUAGUAUUUAUUGUUCCAAUGACUAAAGCUGAGCAAAUUGUCCAAAAUCGAGAGAAGAAGACCAUGCGUGAAUUGGAAAUUCAAAAACUUAGCUUAAACAUUUGUGUUGGCGAGCCGGGAGAUAGACUUACUCGUGCAGCUAAGGUUCUUGAGCAAUUGACUGGACAAACACCCGUUCUUUCCAGGGCCCGUUAUACUGUUCGAGCUUUUGGCAUUCGUCGAAACGAAAAGAUCGCUGUUCACUGCACAAUUCGUGGCCCAAAAGCUGAGGAGAUUAUUGAUCGUGGUUUGAAGGUCAAGGAAUUUGAACUUUAUAGAGAAAAUUUUUGGACACUGGCAACUUCGGCUUUGGAAACAACAGAAUACGCGGCUUUUCCUUUUUUGGGGAUUGACCUUUUUAGGGGGAGGGUAGUAUUGAAUUGCGGACAAGACUUGCUUUUUUAAAUUUUUGAAAAAUGUAUCCAAUAUUUUUCGGUGCUUCAGCAGCAGCAGCAACAACAACAG